AUGUAUUCUCAUCUAGAGGCUCCCGGUACCGCCACCACAAUCGCCCACUGCAAGGCCCAAGAUCUUCCAAUCGGCCAACUUCCCCCAGGCUCAGAUGGCAACUCCAUCAUUCAUCGCGUUAUGGCGCGAAUUGGGUCCGACGAAGAUGGAGGGCGCCUUUGCAUGAUCGGCAAAAACAUUCAGUUCUUGAAAAAGCGAUUGUGGGAGGGCAUCAUUCCCAUGACCCAACAGCGAUGGCAAGAGAAGCAGCUCCACAAGCCUGACCAUUUUGAUUUCGCCUGUCAGCACCUCACUGCUGUCAUAGCUGUGUUUCAGUAUCUGAAUACUCCUUCAGUCAGAAACUACCUGCGCAGCACAUUUAACUUGAUCUAUGAUCAUUGGACCGAGGCGGAUACUUUGCUCAAUCAUCGCAGAGCCGAGAGAGGCGAGGAGCGCAUUAGUGUCGCCGGUCUCUGGACAACGUAUAUGGCUGCGCACUUCGAGAUGAUGACCGAGCGCGCUCACAGAUGGGUGACGGUACAGGUGAAUGCUCUGCGCGCUCCCCUAUUGCAUAAUCUCAAAGAACAUCGGCCAUUGAAUGAAGAUGCUGGCCCGGAUCGAUUGCAGUGGAGAUACACCGACUCGCUGCAUAUGUUAUUGCAGAUUGCUGCAGAUGCAGAUUACACUAUUAUGAUCCCCAUGGAAGGCUUCAAGGGGUACACCGCUCCCCAGCGGACUGGCCCAAAGGGCCUGCAUGCGGAGGACUGUCUCAGGCGGGGAAAGGCAUACCACGAUCGCUUGAAGCUCCUCACUCGCGAGUACAUGGUUAGAGAUAUCAGGUCAUUGAAUGUUCCGGGCCCUGGAGGGAGUGGACAUCGCAGCUCAACUUCUGGGGAAUCAUACCACGAGUUAGCCAUGACUCAGAUCCAGGGUCAAAACCAAUUGAGAAGGGAAAUGCGUGGAGCGCCGAUUGAGCCUAUCCCACGGGAGCCCUGGAUUCCAUCCGCUGAGAAGAUGAUCAAGGCUUCACGAGAAACUAACAGCGAUGCAAAAUUCGGGAUGGCGGUUUAUCGGUUGACCUAUGGCCAGACCGAGACUGAAUGGGCGGCAUUUGUCAAAAAGCUGGAUGCACACGUCUCUGACUGGGGCAAGGGUCAGACGGGCAGCAGUGCUAUCAAGCCACAUCUGAAACUCUACUGGUUCGAUGGAAAGGAUCUUGGUAUUCCCGAGGAUGAUAUAGAUGCAGCCAAAAAACAUUUCAACAGCACAAUCAACAAAGAGGAAGACCCUCAAAACCCAAGAAUAGAGACGAGGGCCUUCUUUGCCAUUGACUCAGCCUCUUAUUCUUCAUACACAACCAAUUCAUAUGGUCCCUCAACAUCAAUGGUUAUCCCGGGUGACUUUGCCGGAUUCCUUCUGGCAGUUGACCCCGAUUUCGACGCAAAAGAGGGCAUCGAGCGACCUGACGAAUCACCAGAAUACAGCGGUCAAAUGCGUGUUUUAGGGAGCCUUAUAUGGAGCGAUCUGUACUCCUUAUUCUCAUCUCAAACAGCACAACUCGAAGACUUCUGGCCACUGGCAAUGGAACACCCGAACCAGGUGUAUGUCGGACCAACAGUGCCAUGGCAACUAUACACAUGGAGAAAACAGAGUCAAAUGCGCUGGGAGUUGCUACGCGAAGUGGUAAACUACGGGAGACGCAAUAUGGGACUACCAGUACCGCCUCGUCCACCAGUACCAGUACGGGCACCAGAAUCUACGCCUGCACCUUCACCAGCAACACCCCCACAACAACCGGAAAUGCCAGGGGCUGACCAGGACAAUUGCUCUGCUUCGAUGAACGCGGCGAAUCCACCCGAAGAGCGGGGACCUGUUAAUGCCGCUCUUCGCACAUACAUGCUGAGUGAAUUCCGGAGAUACUUGCGCGCCAAUGGCCAGAAUGUCCAGGCAGCUAUGGCUACUGAGCUACUCGGCCUACAACCCGGUGAGCAGCCGGAUGGGGAACGCAUACGGCGGCUGGUGGAUGAAGAGGAACGGCGGCAGGAGCAGCGGAGGAGAGAUGGGUUACCUCAAAGUGAUGAGGAUGGACGGGAAGAGUAUCAACCUGAAUGUCCUUUGCAGUAA